GCGCAAAAGCUACAUCCGUUGUGGACGUCGGAUCCGCCAGGAGUUGAAGGAACGCGGCCCGGACUAUUCGUUUUAUAGCUAUGUCUGCCUCAGUAGUGUCCGUCAUUUCGCGGUUCUUAGAAGAAUAUUUGAGCACCACUCCGCAGCGGCUGAAGUUGCUGGACGCGUACCUUCUGUAUAUAUUGCUGACCGGAGCGCUGCAGUUCGGUUACUGUCUCCUCGUGGGGACCUUCCCUUUUAACUCUUUCCUCUCAGGCUUCAUCUCUUGUGUGGGGAGCUUCAUCCUAGCGGUGUGCCUGAGAAUACAGAUCAACCCACAGAACAAGGCGGAUUUCCAAGGCAUAUCUCCAGAGAGAGCCUUUGCUGAUUUUCUCUUUGCCAGCACUAUCCUGCACCUUGUUGUCAUGAACUUUGUCGGCUGAAUUGUUCCCAUUCUUAAGAAGACUGGAAAAAUGUUCACCUCUUGAUGUUCCCUGGAUACGAUUUGUUGAGAUGGCAGUUUGUUGGACACAUGGAUGUUUCAGAUUUGUACUCACUACCGACCCUGCUUUGGUGUGCAGCUGGGGGUCCCAGAAAAGUUUCCUCCGUCUGUGGCAGACCAGCUUUGCGAUGAACAUUUGUUCACACGACCUUUGCCUUUCUUUAAGUGUUACCUUUUACCCUCCAAAUUAAAGAAUUUCAUGCCACUCUU